AUGAUGAAUGAUGACAAUAAAGACGCAUUUAGAAAUGUCAACCAAAAGCCAGGCCUGCAGAUAUGGACCAUCAAUAACAUGCAGAUGGUGUCUGUUCCAGCCCAAGGCUUCGGUAACUUCUUUGAGGGAGACUGUUACAUUGUUCUUUAUAUAAGUCAGAACAAGAACUCAGGACAGACAGUGGACAUCCACUACUGGAUAGGAAACUCGUCCUCUCAGGAUGAGCAAGGUGCGGCAGCCAUCUACGUCACCCAGCUGGACGAGUACCUGGGUGGGAAGCCGGUCCAGCACAGGGAGGUGCAGGGCAAUGAGUCACCCCGAUUCAGGAGCUACUUUAAAAAUGGCCUGAUCUACAAAAAGGGUGGAGUGGCCUCUGGUUUUCACCAUGUUGACACAAAUGUCUACAAUGUCCUGCGAUUGCUGCACGUCAAAGGGAGGAAACACGUCACGGCGUCAGAGGUGGAUGUAUCAUGGAACAGCUUUAACAAUGGUGAUAUAUUCCUGCUGGAUAUGGGGAAAGCCAUAGUGCAGUGGAACGGACCCCAGAGCAACAGGAGAGAGAAGCUCAAGGCAGUCUUGUUGGCUCAGGAUAUCAGGGACAGAGAGAGAGGUGGUCGUGCUCAGAUCGGUGUUGUGGAGGGAGGAGAUGAGAAAGCCUCCCCAGAGCUGAUGAAAAUCAUGAUGGCAGUGCUCGGUCAGAGAGCUGGGCUGCUGAGGGAUGCCGUCCCUGAUGACAAACCUGACCAAGCGCAGAAUGCCAACGUCAGGCUCUACCAUGUUUUUGAAACCAGUGGGAAUCUAGUGGUUCAAGAGGUGGCCACGCAGCCUCUAACACAAGAUCUGCUUCACUCCUCUGACUGUUACCUUGCAGACCAGAGGGGCUCUAUAGUGAUGGUGUGGAAAGGCAAACAGGCCUCCAAAGAAGAGCGUAAAGAAGCUCUGAACAGGGCCAUAGGCUAUAUGAAAGCCAAGAACUACCCAUCCAGCACCAGCGUGGAGGUGAUGACUGAGGGUGGAGAAUCUGCUAUGUUCAAGCACUUGUUCAAGUCCUGGAGAGAUACAAACCAAACACAGGGUCUGGGUACCACCUACAGCGUGGGAAAGAUAGCAAAGGUAGACCAAGUGAAGUUUGACGUGAUGACACUUCACGCUCGUCCUGAACUUGCAGCCCAGCAGCGAAUGGUGGACGAUGCCUCUGGAGAAGUUAAGAUAUGGCGUAUUGAGAACUUGGAGCUGGCUGAAGUAAAUCCAAGAACUUAUGGACAGUUUUAUGGAGGAGAUUGUUAUUUGGUGCUGUACAAAUAUCAAAGAUCAAACCAGGAUCAAUACAUACUCUACAUGUGGCAGGGCCGUCAUGCCACUAAAGAUGAAGUCACAGCAUGUGCCUACCAGGCUGUCAAUAUUGAUAAUAAGUACAACGGAGCCCCGGUCUUGGUCAGAGUGGUCAUGGGAAAGGAGCCUCGCCAUUUUCUGGCCAUUUUCAAAGGCAAACUAAUCAUCUUUGAGGGUGGCACAGGUCGACCCGGUGCGGUCAACCCUGACAAAGGUGCCAGGCUCUUCCAGGUGAGAGGGACUAAUGAGCUGAACACCAAGGCCACUGAAGUGCUGGCGAGAGCAUCGUCUCUCAACACCAAUGAUGUUUUCCUGCUGAAGGCUGAUCACAUAUGCUACCUGUGGUAUGGAAAGGGCUGCAGCGGGGAUGAGAGGGAAAUGGGGAGAGCCGUGUCUGAUGUGCUUUCUAAGCAGGACAAGCAGGUGGUGAUGGAGGAUCAGGAGCCAGCUGAAUUCUGGGUAGCUCUGGGAGGAAAGGCCCCCUAUGCAAGUGACAAGAGACUGGAGAGGGAGGAGCCUCCCCACAGCCCCCGGCUGUUUGAAUGCUCCAAUCAGACGGGUCAGUUUCGGAUGACAGAGGUGGAUGACUUCGCCCAGAGUGACCUGGACGUGGAUGACGUGAUGCUGUUGGAUACCUGGGAGGAGAUUUUCCUGUGGGUCGGAAACUCAGCCAACCAGUACGAGACCAAGGAGGCGUGGAAUAGUGCCCAGGACUACCUGAGGACACACCCAGCAGGCCGUGACCCCGACACUCCCAUCAUCUUUGUCAAACAGGGAUACGAACCUCCCACCUUCACCGGCUGGUUCAAUGCAUGGGAUCCUCAUAAGUGGAGUGACCUGAACAACGCUCAUCUGAAUAAGAGCCCUGCUGGGAUGGGUGGGAGUGGUUAUAGGGCUCCAGGGGGCCCAAUGAGUUCCCCUCCAGUCUAUAGGGUCCAUGGAGGUGACCUGUCCCCCAGACCCACUACUCCCAACAGCCCUUCUGCCCAACGAACACAGUCCUCUGUAUCUAUGGCCCUUUCCCCCUCCUCUAGCUUCACUCCAUCAUCCCUGGCUGGUGGCACCGUGUCCCCCUCUGCUGGAAGCUCUGGAAUGUAUCUGAACCCUGAGCUCCUCAUCGACAAGUCUCACAGCAAUCUGCCACAGGGAGUGGACCCCAGCCAGAGGGAGGACCACCUGUCUGAUGCAGACUUUGAGAACCUGCUUGGAACCACCCGCCCAGACUUCCAGCGCCUGCCAAAGUGGAGGCAGAAUGACUUGAAGAAAAAAGCAGGACUUUUCUGAGAAAAUGUUGUCAAACCUGAAAAAUGUCUCUGUAUAGCAAACUGAAAGGCAGCAUUUUAGCUGUUAUUGAGAAUAUCAGGGUUGAUAGAUGCCUUUAUCAUUUCAUAUACUUUUAAAAAAAUGACUGACAAUGGUUUUUAACCACCAGCCAAAUUAUAGUGAUUAAACAUGUAGAAUUAUUAUAGCUUCUUUACAUGACUGCAAUAAAAAUCAUAAAUUUAAUGUA